AGUACUGGCACGGCGGUCAUUUCCCUUCUUCUACCCCGUGCUGCUUAGGCUCACAUCUGUACACAUUCCCGAAGGUGGCUGACCCUUCCAGUACUUCUUAUUGCACUUUUUUGUUGUACGUUUUGUCUCUCGUUGCAGUUAUGCCGAUGUUCGUGGUGAACACAAAUGUCGCAAAGGACGCUGUUCCUGCAGAGCUGCUGUCGGAGGCCACGCAUGAGCUCGCCAAAGCGAUGAGCAAACCCUCGCAGUACAUAGCCGUGCAAAUUGUCCCAGAUCAGAUGAUGAUGUUCGGUGGCAAAGGAGACCCGUGCGCGCUCUGCUCUCUCACCAGUAUUGGAAAGAUCGGGGGUGCACAAAAUAAGAAAUACUCCAAACUUCUCAUGGACCUGCUCAACAAACACCUUGGCAUAUCACCUGACAGGAUCUAUAUAAACUUCAUUGAUAUGGAUGCGGCUAAUGUGGCCUGGAACAGCACCACAUUUGGAUAAAGAAAGUCAGAUUUAUGGCCUAUUAUAAGGCUGUGGUUUCCAUCUCAUCACUGCUCACAAACAGAAGAGCAGUUAGGAGUGUAAUAUUACUAGUUGAUCGAGUAUUAACACAGCACUUACUGCUUACAGCAUGUACCAACUUGCUAUGACUAUAAAAAAUUAUUUGAACUGUAA